AACAGAAACAGGAACUCAGCUCUGUGGUACUUAAACGUUCUGGUGGUGGCGACUUAUGCCAGGGCAAAGAGGGAUACAAGCGACUCUCAGACACUGUUUUUUCCCGUUUGACAUUUGUUCCCUCAAAAGGUAUUGUGUUCAUAUAACUUGAUUUCUUACAUCGACAUUGCAUAAAUCCAUAAUCUUUCCUCCCAGUAGCUAAUUCUCUUCUUCUCUUCUUCUAACUUCCUCGUUUGUAACAUUUUUUCAGUGCGAUAUUGUUUAAUAAAGAUGCAUGUUCUAAACGUUCAAUUUAUAUGUUUAGACGCACAAAAUGUGCUCACGAAAGCCAACGAAACACCGCUUAAACUGGAGGGCAAUUUGUUAAAAGUGAGCACAGUAUUUGAGCCAACACACGACAGAAGCAUUCUACUGGCAAAAAACCUUAAACCAGAGACGAGCAAAGAAACAUUUCAAAACUUUGUAGAAGCAACGAAAAAUGUCGAUGUCUUCAACGUUGUGUUUGGGAAAAAUGGUAAAGCCAUUGUGAUUUUAAAAACUGAAAUAGGUAGGUGCAUACAGUGUAUGGCUGUAUGUUUUAUUUUUUGUUGAUUCAGUAGAUGUUUUAUGCUGAAGCACUCAGAAACAUUAUAUGUGUACACUCAAUAUGGGAUGUCCACUGAUUUUGACUUAUAAUGUAUGGUACCAGUAAAUUAAAGUUGUUUCUAAUUGUUUUGUCUUAUAGACUGGUACCGAUGAAUUAAAGUUGUUAAAUAAGUAAAUGAUCGAUUGACACACUCACAAAUAUCAAUGACUCGGUAUGCUAAUAUCUGCGCAAAAAAAUCAUUUUCUAUUUAGAUGAAGAUGAUUCAAACGAAGACAUGAAGUUGGCCGGCUCCAUUAUUUCUCUGGAAUUUGCUCCACUGACCAAAGGCAUUAAAAUCAGCAACAUACCACCAGGGACGAACUCGGAUGAUAUCAGUUUUAAAUUUUCUAAUAAAUAUAUCGGUGGUGAUCAAGUCACGGAUUUGAUGCUGGAUAAGAAAAAUGGAGUUGCAAAAAUUUACUUCGAAAAAACUUCAGGUAUAAAUAUGGCUUAUUUUAAUGAAAGGUUCACCCAAAUACUGAGCAGAUUUCAACAAUCCGGGUGCCCUAGUAAGAUUUUGUAAGAGUAUUGAAUCAAUAAAGCAUGUCUUCAUCCUCACUAGAUUUCUAGAGAAAAUAGUUUAGAACUGAUAGAACUAUAUAUAUCCAUUAUAAUAUGUCAGUUAGUUAUGAUUUUCUCCUGUAGUAACACUGAACCAAAAAGUUACCCUCACUGGACCAUUAGGUAGAACAGUUUCUAACUGAUUGGGUUUCUGAUUUUAGUUGUUUCAGGACUUGUCAAAAAGGAACAUAAAUUUAGAGGUGUCUCUUUAAACGUGAUUCCGUACUACGAUGACUUCGAAGAACUACAAGAAAUUACAACUAAAAUAACGGUAUUCUCUGCCGCUUACCCUAUCGACCCUCUUGUUAUGAAUUACAUAUUUAAUAAACAGGAGAUUGAAAAGAAGUUCGACUUUAAGACAAUGAAAUAUGAUAAACAGACAUCACGAUUUCAUUUUACAAAAGAUUUCGAUAAUCCCAAGCUCGCGCACGACUUUGACAACAAAUUGAAGGAAUUUUUGCACUCGUUUGUCAAAGAAGAAGUGAAAAUUCCGAAAGCUGUUUUCGAGAAAGUUAAGGAAGUGAUCGAAGAGAAACGUGAUGAAUUCAAAACAGAGAAAGUUGAUUUUAGUUUUGAUGGUUACCGCGUUACUUUCAUUGGAAAGGAAGAGGAUGUUACUCUGCAAAAAAGAUCAGCCGAAGCAACGAUAGAUAGGAUUUCAGAAGAAGCCAAGUUUGAAACAACAGAGUUGGUAAUAGAGGACAAAAAUAAACUGAAGUUCUUGAAUUUUAUCAAUUAUUUCAAGAAUGUUACGACAGAAUUUCCCCGAGUGAAAAUUCAUGGAAUGGAAAACUCGUCUGGUAAAUUAUCACUUCUAGGAACGGCAGAAAAAAUCAAGGAUGUCCAAUUAAGGAUCCUUCAUGAUUUGAUGAAGAUCUCGGAGAUUGACGUCAAGAUGAGUGAUCGUCAGAUAGAUUUUCUGAAGCGCACUGAAUGCCGGAUUGUGAAUGAUGAGUUAAAAAAAGAUGAAGUCAUGUUAAUGUUGGUGAGCAUAACAGGAGCUGUGGGGGCUAAAGGCUUCCAGGCUAAGAUCAUGACCUUGAAGAAAUGUGAUAAUACUGAGGUAAUACUAAGUCUAUUAUUUCACACAAAUAAAUUUGAUGUUUUAAUUCUUUUCCGCCCUCUCAAGUUUGUCUCUACCAAAAACAACAGGUUGUUUGGUAUUCUAGUAUGCUAUUGUAGUAACAAUGGAUGAAUAAGGGACUAUGAAACUUACUGAAGCUUAAUUAUAUAGUGUAGAACGUUAAGGGUGCGGUAAUACUUUAGACCAAUAAGAAAUGACGUUUUGCUCUAUAGUUUAAAUAAAAUUUUGUCAGGUUUUUUGGCGUUCAAAAUGAGACAUGUAGUGUACUAAUAAUGUACAAGUCAUAAGAAAUAAUUUUAUAUUUAUUUUUGAAGGAAAAACGACUUCUGGACAUCGUUCAUACAAAAACCUCAGAGAAACGCAUCAGAAUCGACGAAGAGACAGCGAGUUUCCUAGUAAAGUCAAACAAGUUACAAGAUUUCAAAAAGGAACAGUUUAAUAAACAUCAAGUUUUGGUCGACCAAGAACUCGUGGAUUUUUGCAGUAUUUGGAUCGUCUGUGAAAAAUCAAAGAUGAACAACGUCGAACAUGAACUAACACGUUUAAUUAACGAAAAGAAGAUAACAAGCAGUACAUUUAAACCGGUGGAUCCGAUGAAAGUUCGUUUCUUAAAGGAGCAGUGUUUGGGCAGAAUUAAAGAGAAGGAACAAAGUUGCAAAGCGGAAGGCGUUGCUGUUCUGGAAAUUGAUUCUGGUUUGCUUGAGGUAAAGGGAACCCAGGCAGACAGAAAAGAAAUGAUAACAUUUCUUGAAAUGUUGGCUGAAAAUGUUUACUUUACGUAUGUCGUUCUUCCAACAAAGAGGAUGACCGGUAGACCAAGGUGUCGUUGCCAUAUUUUCUGUCGCCGUUGAAAGUUCUUAGACCUUUUACGUUUACUGAACAUUACAUUUAAGUGAAGUGUUUGAAGUCUUGGGGUAUUUUAUUUGACAAUUGGCGGGUUAAAGUAAGCAGACCCCACGUUUGAGAUAUCGUGUUCAAGUAGUUUAAACAUACAGUAAAUCACAGCAUUUUAUAUUAUUGAUUUGUUUCAAACAGAACCAGUACAGCUCCGUAAUAAACUACCAAGGACGCUAUGAACCAGAAGAUUCAGCAAAUGCAGUUAAAAUAAUUUACGUCAGUGAUAUUAAGGAUUCAACAACCGAAGACUCCAUUACCUUGUUCUUUGAAAACAAAAAACGUUCUGGUGGUGGAAACUUAUGCGAGGGCAAAGAAGGAUACAAGCGACUCACAGCAACUGUUGCUCGUUUGACAUUUGUUUCCUCAAAAGGUAUCGUGUUCUUGUAACUUGAUUUCGUAAAUCAUCCAUAAAUCCAAUCUCUUCCAGAAUCUUUUUAAUUCUAUCAUUCCAUCUCAUCCUCUCGGUUUUUCCUCUAGCAGAUUCCUUUCAUGCCCCAUAGCUAAUCGACCUAACCUUCUAUUAUCCAACUUGGCAUCAUCUUUCGUAAUGCCAAUAUCCUCCUUAAUCUUUUUUAAUUUAUCCACUCCAUCCUCUCCUUUGUUUUCGUAGCUUUUCUGGGUCCUCUUCCAUCUACAAAUUCCUUCUAUGCUCUCUUAGCUAAUUUAAAAUGUGACUCUUUCUCUUGCGUUAUCAUCUGGGAGGCCAAUGUCUUUCAUAAUCUUUUAUAAUCCGCACUAUCAUCAUUCCUUGCUGUUUUUGUCUUCCAUUUGUCUCCAUCGUUUUCUAUUCACUAUUUCCUCCCAUUAUCGAAUUUUCUGUAGUCCAUUUUUAUGAAAUGUUUAAAUCAUUCCGUUUUCGCGUUUUUCAUUUUCUGGACUAUGAUUUCGACUCUAAUUCUUCUUCCAACUUCCUUGUUUGUAAGGUUUUUUCAGAGCGAUAUUAUUUAAUCAAAAUGUGCUGAGUAGCUAUCAAUAUAAAAUUUCAAUCUGUAUGUUUAGACGCACAAAAUGUGCUCACGAAAGCCAACGAAACACCGCUUAAACUGGAGGGUAAUGUGCUAAAAGUGAGCACGGAAUUCGAGCCAACACAUGACAGAAGCAUUCUACUUGCAAAAAACCUUAAACCAGAGACGAGCAAAGAAAUGUUUCAAAACUUUGUAGAAGCAACGAGAAAUGUUGACGUUUUCAACGUUGUAUUUGGUAAAGAUGGUAAAGCCAUCGUGAUUUUAAGAGGUAAAAUAGGUAGAUGUAUACCGUGUAUGGCUGUUUGUUUUAUUUUUUGAAAAUAAAUAUAUUUAUAUUUGUUCAUUCAGUUCGUGUUCUAUACUGAACCACUUCAGAAAUGUUAUAUGUGUACACUCAACAUGAGACAUCUACUGAGCUUAUUUUAGUGUAUGGUAUCAAUAAGUUAAAGUUGUUAAAUAAGUAAAUAGUCGAUUGCCACACUCAAAAAUGACCUGAGCAAAAAGUAAUUUUGUAUUUAGGUGAAGAUGAUUCAAAAGAAGAAAGCUCGAAAGAAGACAUGAAGUUGGCCAGCUCCAUUAUUUCUCUGGAAUUCGCUCCACUGACUAAAGGCAUCAAAAUCAGCAACAUACCACCAGAAACAUGGUCGGAUGAUAUCAGGUAUAAAUUUUCUAAUAAAAAAAUCGGUGGCGGUCAAGUCACGGACAUGAUGAUGGAUAAGAGAAAUGGAGUUGCAAAUAUUUACUUUGAAAAAACUUCAGGUAUGCAUCUGACUUAUUUUCAUGAAAUUUUUGCCCAAAUACUGAACAAAUUACCACGAUCUGGGUGCUCCAGUCAGAAUCUGUAAGACGUAUUGAAUCAAUAAAGCAUGGGGAUGAACAGUUUACAAUUGAUAGAAUUAUAUCCACCAUGAAUAGAGUCAGUUUAGUUAUAAUUUCCCCUUGUAGUAACACUGAACCAAAAAAAUUACCCUCUCUGGACCAUAGAUAGAACAGUUCAGAACUGACUAGGUUUCUGAUUUUAGUUGUUUCAGGACUUGUCAAAAAGGAACAUAAAUUUAAAGGUGUUUCUUUGAACGUGAUUCCGUCCUAUGAUGACUUCGAAGAGUUGCAAGAAAUCACGACUAAAAAAACGGAAUACUUUGUCGCCUACCCUAUCGACCCUCUUGUUAUGAAUUACAUAUUUAAUAAACAGGGGAUUGAAAACAAAUUCGACUUUAAGACGAUGAAAUAUGAUAAAGAGACAUCACGAUUUCAUUUUACAAAAGAUUUCAAUGACCCCCAGCUUGCGCAGGAAUUUGAAAACAAAUUGAAGGAGUUUUUGUACUCGUUUGUCAAAGACGAAGUAAGAAUCGCGAAAACUGUUUUCGGGAAAAUCAAGGAAGCCAUGGAAAAGAAACGUGAUGAAUUCGAAGCUUUGGAAGUUAACUUUAGUUUUGAUGGUUAUCGAGUUACUCUAGUUGGAAAAAAGGAGGAUGUAACUCGUCAAAAGCGAUCAGUAGAAGCAACGAUGGAUAGAUUUAUAGAACAAUCCAAACUUGAAUCAAUACAGUUUUUAAUCGAAAACAAAAAUAAGUUGAAAUUCCUGAAUUUUAUUCAUUAUUUCAAGAAACUUAUGACAGAAUUUCCCGGAGUAAAAAUUCAUGGAAUGGAAAACUCGUCCGGUAAAUUGUCACUUCUAGGAACGACAGAGAGAAUCAAAGAUGUCCAAUUAAGGGUCCUUCAGGAUUUGAUGAAAAUCUCGGAGAUUGACGUGAAGAUGAGUGAUCGGCAAAUAGAUUUUCUGAAGCGCUCCGAAUGCCAGAUUGUGAAUGAUGAGUUAAAAAAAGAUGAUGUCAUGUUAAUGUUGCUAACCAUUAAAGGAGCUGUGGGCACUAAAGGCGUCCAAGCUAGGAUUAUGACCUUGGAGAAAUGUGAUAACUACGAGGUAAUACUAAGUUUAUUAUAUUAGACAAAUAAAAUUUGACGUAUUAAUUCUUUUCCACCCUCAAAAGUAAAAUCGUGUAAUGUUAAGUACUUUAAGUUGAGUUAAAUACUUUGUUAUUCACCUUAACUGGUGACGGGAGUUUAAUUACCGCAACAUGCAGGUAUCUGAUUCUGUUGUUUUGGUAAUCUAAUAAUAAAUAUCAAUGCCCAGCAUAAUGUCCGUAUAAUAAUAGCCAUAAUUACCAAGACAAAGUUUCAUUCUCUUGGUUAUGGCUAUUAUUAUACGGACAUUAUGCUGGGCAUUGAUAUUUAUUAUUAGAUUACGAUUCCCGCCUGGUUCAUCCCUCGCAACUAUUUUGGUAUUCUAGUAUGCUACUGUAGUAAAACUGGAUGAAUAAGGGAUGACACUUACUAGACUAUUACUUGCAGUAAUACUAGACCAAUAAGAGAUGAUGCUUGGCCCUACUGGUUCCUAAGAAGUGCUAUAUAGUUUAAAUAAAAUUUUGAGAAGUUUUAAUGUUCAAAAUGAGACAUACACCUGUAUAGUGUACUAAUAAUGUAAGUAAUUUACAAGUAAUAAGAGGUAAUUUUAUAUUUAUUUUUAAAGGAAAAACGACUUUUGAACAUCGUUCAUGCGAAAACCUCAGAGAAAUGCAUCAGAGUCGACGAAGAGACAGCGAGUUUUCUGGCAAAGUCAAACAAGCUACAAGAAUUCAAAAUGGAACAGUUUAAUAAACAUCAAGUCUUGGUCGACCAAGAACUCGUGGAUUUUUGCAAUAUCUGGAUUGUCUGUGAAAAAUCAAAGAUGAACAACGUUGAACAAGAACUAAAACGUUUAAUUAACGAAAAGAAGAAAAUAAGAAGUAUAUUUGAACAAAUAGAUCCGCACUGUUGGGGUAGAAUUAAAGAGAAGGGAAAAAGUUGCAAAGCGGAAGGCGUUGCUGCUCUGGAAAUUGAUUCUUGCUCACUUGAGGUAAAGGGAACCCAGGCAGGCAGAAAAGAAAUGAUAACAUUUCUUGAAACGUUGGCUGAAAAUGAUUACUUUAAGGUGCGUAUGUUGUUCUUCCAACAAAGAGGAUGACCGGUAGACCAAAGUGUCGUUACCAUAUUUUCUAUCGCCCUUGAAAGUUCUUAGAGUUCUUACGUUUACUGAACAUUACAUUUAAGUAGUGUUUGAAGUCUUGGUGUAUUUUCUUUGACAAUUGGCGGGUUAACGUAAGCAGACCUCACGUUUGAGAUAUCGUGUUAAAGUAGUUUAAACAUACAGCAAACCACAGCAUUUUAUAUUAUUGAUUUGUUUCAAACAGAACCAGUACAGCUCCGUAGUAAACUACCAAGGACGCAAUGAACCAGAAGAUGAAGCAAGCGCAGUUAGGACAAUUUAUGUCAGUGAUAUUAGAGAUUCAACAACCGAAGACUCCAUUACCUUGUUCUUUGAAAACACGAAACGUUCUGGUGGUGGUGACUUAUGCGAGGGCAAAGAAGGAUACAAGCGACUCUCAGCCACAGUUGCCCGUUUGACAUUUGUUUCCUCAAAAGGUAACUCGGUCUCCAAACCUUUCACGUGUCCUCCAUAAUAUUUCCAAUUCUGUCACAUCAUCUUACAUUUUGCCAUCCUUUGGACACUC